AUGGCUACGAGUCCGGGUUCAGAUAACAAUUGUAACAUCUAUAUGCCACCGCUAGGGUGUUCCGUGGCGUCCUCGCAUGACUUCAGUGAUUAUCAAUGGUUUACAGAUUUUGGAAGUUAUCGCGACGGAGUGACCACACACCAGAGCAUCCUAUCGGCACUAUCCGCGUCGUACAAUGGAAUUGGCGAGUUAUCGUACUACGAGAAGAUGGCGAAGGAUAUUGAUGCCAAUCUGGCUGAGAUCGAUAUGGAAAGUUUCCGCAAGGAAGACAUCAAUUCGCUGUUGACCGCUAUCCCGUCGCAGCUACGGCUAGACGAUGCAGAGCGCAAAGCGCGCAACAAUAAUCGCAUUUUCUCGACGAUAACUAGUUGUACGGCGGCAGGACUUAUUCCGGCCGAUAUGAUGGACAAUUCAUUCUGUAAAUCGGAGUUGCUGUUUUCCCCGGUGAAGGAAUCGCACAUCAGUGUGGAUUCGCUGGACAUGGACGGAUAUCCGGAUGAAGAGGAUAUUAUACUAACCUGCCAGGCGAACAAAGAUAACUACACCAUAGCAUUUGAGCAAAGUAUACUCUACUCAGAGGAAAGUUAUUACGAUGGGCCAGAACAUUAUGGCAAAUAUAAACGUAUGAACCUGCUGAAUAAUUUACAAAACCGGGCCCAGUACAUUAGACAUAAAGAUUCCAUGUCCCGUUCCGAAGUCAACUACACAACCUGGAGUAAUGUGAAGCGAAAUGGAACAGUACAACGGCCACCGAUUGCUGUAAACCCGCUGCUCACUCAUAUUUCACGUCACAAUCGGACGUGCUUCGUAAGAAAAAGCUUCAGCAUGCCUAAUUUGCAGUCGGAUCAACCGUGCUCGUCGCCAACACAUCUUCCUUCGAAGGAUCAGCAUCCAUUGAACGUUUCCCAAGCUGGAAAUGGCCACAAUUCGGAAGAAUCGUUUGAAAGGCCAAUGCGUACCUUGCUUCCAAUGUACACCCUACCAACAGAUUCGGAGAAUGAAAGCAGCACUAAUGGGAAUGUAGUCGAUGGAACCGAUCAAAGCAAUGAGAACAACCACCUGACAGUUCACGAACAUCGAGAGUCAAUGUUACUAACAAGGCAACAGCAGCCGGAAGAGCAACAGCAUCAGCAAUUGCAACACCAAGUACAGCAACAAACGCUGCAACAACCAUCGUUUAAUUUGGUGAAGCUUUUCAUAAAACAGAAAAGCAGCUCAACGGACACGUGCAUGGAUGUGUCCUCCGGAUGCUGGCCAAGCGAUAGUACCAAUAGUGGCGGUUCAGGAGAUCAUCAGAUGCAUCACCUUGGGGCAGGAGUAACAAUUCCAGCCUUACGGUGUCGUAAGAAAAGUAUGCACGAUUCGGGCAAAUGUUCCACUACCGGUGGUGGAAGUGUCGGUGGAAGACAUGGCGAUGAGGAAGAGUUUCAAUUGGAUAGUCUAGAUGCACAAAUUAACAACAGUCACGUGAACACUAAUAAUAAUAACGGCAGUCACAGUGACGCCGAUGACGAUGGUCUAAAUGGGGAAAGAGGGCCCCCGACGUCGCCUCAGCGUGCUCAAGGAACGAAUGGAGGACCGGUUACUGGUAAUACGAAGCUAAACGACUUUAACCGACAGAUGCACGGCUCUCCGCGUAGACAAUACAAGGGAUUCAGCAUGAACAUUGGCGGUGGCAGAAGAUUGCUGCAUGAUCUUUUGCAACAACACAACGGCGGCAGCAUUGGUUCGGCCAGUGCGCUGAAUAGCAGUAGCAGUAUUAACAAUAACAAUAAUCACAAUCUGAACAACAACAAUAGCUAUAAAGACACCAACAGCGAUACCAGCCGCACUUCAGAGAACUUAACGCAAAUAUUCAAUCACAGUGGCAAUAACAAUACCACCAUCUCCACGGGCUCCAAAACGAAGAUUCCAAUCGAUAUGAUUACUAAAUCGAUGCAAACUUCCCUCAUCGGAACUUCGACCGCUAGUAAUGGCCAUGUUGCGAGGGAGAAGGUGCGUGUAAUACCACCCUCUUUUUUGGAUCGCUUAAAUGAGCUUGGCGAUAAGCAGAAAGCUCCAGUGUUUGUGGUGUAUCCCAACUAUGCACUUCCAGAUUUGGGCUUCCUGAAGACACAAAACGAGGUCGUCAUAUCACCGCUGACGUUUAAAGAAGCGAUGACGGGCGCAGGUCGUCCGCUUAAAAAACCGCGCCCAGUCUCAAUGAAUGAUAUCGAAAAUAUACGACAGCGUGAGUACAAGCACGUUACUGACUGGAAGUCGCUCGUUUUUCUUCUGCCAACUGAGUAUCGUAAGCUGCUGCGUCACAUUCCUGAAGUUAGCGAGUUGAGUUUGUCUACCGAGAAACAACCCAUGUUUUGCAUGACGCCCCCAUUGCGACGCGGUGUCGCUCGAGGUGUGAGUUGUGAUUGUACGAAUUUAUUAAAUCAGAACACGCAAACGUACAACAGUUCGAGUUCAGGCGGAAGUUCGAGUGCUGCACCAAGCUCCGGAUAUCGAGGAUCUUCGACGAUGCUUACGACGGACUCCGAGAUGGAUGGUAUCUUGGGACCAUCGAAUAGCAGUAAUAUUUUCAACAAUAAUAUGUAUGUUUACCAGUAUGAUAGUCCGGCAGAGGUUUUAGUACCCUCCGAACGACCUCCUUCGGGACGCACGGUAGGUGGAGCUCCCAAGAGCAUCCUUCGGCGACCGCAAGGAUCAAGUAGAGGGUCUAGUAAUCCGGCAAACAUUGGAGCUAACAAUCACAGCAACAUGAAAACCAAGCGUAGCAGUAUGUUCGAAGAGCAACAAAUGUUGCACUAUCCACAAGCGUCACGUGAAAAGCGUCGGUCGUUGCAAGAACACCAUUCGUACAACUUUUACGAAGAUCCCGAAGAGGAGGAAGAACAUUGUGCUGAACCGAAGCUUCACAAUUCGCCCAACAUGACACCACAUCCGCGAUUAGCCAAUACACCAAAGUUACCCUCGGCAGAUCAUUACCAUAAGCUGAACAAGUUGGUAGAGUUUAGCGACAACGAUAUUGCAGCUGUUGGCGACGCUAACCAUCAACAAUGUAUCGACGAUGAUCUGGAUGCUCGUGUACGGGCGGAGCAAUUCCUGUCGCACGUACCGAAAUCGGAGCUCAAGCACUAUGCCGAAAUUGCACACAUCCUAGAAUCAACCGAAAUGAUCGAAUCUUCUGAACCGGCUUAUGAUCGUACCAGGUUACGUAACGAGGUCAGUCGAUUGUUGUCACAGAAGAGAAACGUAACCUUCACAAAGCAACAAUCGGUUCCAUCCGUCUCAAGCGCUAACAAUACCACACCAGUGCGGCAACAGCCAUCUCCGGCAACGGUUUUGUUACGACCGACCGAAAUAAAGUUUUCCACGCCACCAAACUCACCGAACAUGUCGGUCACGGUGGCAAAAACCAGUCAUCACCAUACAACGACGGGAAUAGCGGUCGAAAAGAAACCUCCCGUUGCCCAACGUACGCCCUCGUCAUUGGCAGGUUCGCCAGCUUCUGGUACGGAGAAGGAAAAACAGGAUAAAAUUCAGACAAAUCGCUUCAAACGACUCCAAAUUCAAUGGGAACUGUUGAGCAAAGAAACGAACUCGAAGGCAUCUGCCGAUGGGCAACGAAAAGAGAUUCGCAGUGGUGGUAAUACUCCAACCGGUGGUAACUGUAGUUCCAAAUCGCGAAUUCCCCGCCCUGUGAGCUAUCCCACCACCAGAACGAACUCUGAUCCUGUAGUGAGCAAAACGCUAAAAUCGCCUAGUCGAAUUGUGGCACCAAAGAAGUAUGGUGCUAUGCAGUCUCCAGUCACAACGCCUCCUACACCUGCCCCACGUACGCCAAGCAAAACGUUUAGCAACACCACGCCCAAGAAAGUGUCAUCUGCUCCCUCUCGCCCCGCGACACGCACACGCAUUCCGCUCGGAAAUCGCAGCAAAAAAUAUCUUGCUAAGUAG